UCCAACCUGAGGAGCUGUCUAGUGUCGCUGCGCUAGGAAAUCCAUCGCUUCCAGUUCUUGUCAUGUUUUGAGAGCAACACCACGGCUUGUUUUUUUCACUGGAACACACGGAGACACUAUCACACACUUCUGUCAACGAAGACUACGUUUGAAGGUGCUUCAUUCGCUGUGGGAAAAGACCAGUAGAUUCAACAAGAGUUCAAAGUGGUUGCUCAGUGCCCCCCUAGUCGGCAGGAAUAGCCUUCAAGCUCCCACAUCUCACCACAUCCAUGUUGACUGCGGCAGCCUUCGCACUGGGACCAGGGCUACAAACACCACAACCCCUUUGUUCUUCCGUGGACAAGAUCCGGCUAAAUUGUAGUGGUUUGUGGACGGACCAUCAGUAUGUUACAGUGUACAUCUCUGUUUCAGUCUGAGGGAUUGUUUACGCGUUAAAAUGGCUGCUGAAAUGGCAUUUGGAAGAGAAUGGUCUUGAAUCAAUGCAGUAACGUUACAUUACCUACCAGAUGCCAAACUACAGAUAAGCCAACGCUACAUAGACAAACAAAUGAUGAAUUGGGUAAGUCCCAGUGUUCACAGUUAGCUUCUUUAUUAGCUUUAAUAGAUGGUUCGCCGCUUUUUUGGUAGGUUCUUCCAACAAGAGGUAGGGUGAAGGGAAUUCCUCCCACUCCAAAUCUAUGCAUGCGGUUAACCAAGCAGCGUUUGAAGACACUUAGCUAACAUUGCAUUUUCUUAGCCAUUCUCUCCAAAGAUUUGUAAGCAGGCUAAGCUGAGCCUUCAUUUGAGUAUGCAUAACACUCAACGAAUAUGCAGGACUUCUUUGUAAUAAUUGAAACAGCCUGAGUAGCCGAGGCUUUCUCCCAAAGCAGACCUAAAGGCCCCGGUCUUUUACUCGGCUCGGUCGACCUGGGGGGAAAAAUGGAUCCUGGGGGGAAAUGUAAGACUAAACUCUUUCUUUUUGGACCCAAAGUAGCCACCCACUGCGACCUGCGGGGUAUCAACAGAUACUUGGUGGUCUAUGUUUUGUUUUACUUUGUACUGUUCACUCACGCCUCACCGGCGAAACCGUGUGACAAGAAUUGCCUCUCUGGAAAAUGUGUAAACGGAUCCUGCAUCUGUGACCGAGGAUGGGUUGGAGACCAGUGCCAGCACUGCCAAGGGAGGUUCAAGCUGAUGGAGCCCUCAGGAUACCUCACUGAUGGUCCAAUCAACUACAAGUACAAAACAAAGUGCACCUGGCUCAUUGAGGGCUAUCCAAAUGCGGUUCUUCGGUUAAGAUUUAACCACUUUGCCACAGAAUGUAGUUGGGACCAUAUGUACGUUUAUGAUGGAGACUCGAUAUAUGCACCUCUGGUUGCUGUUUUCAGUGGGCUCAUUGUGCCAGAGAUACGUGGAAAUGAGACAGUUCCUGAGGUUGAGACGACUUCAGGCUACGCGCUACUACACUUUUUCAGUGAUGCUGCCUACAAUCUGACUGGAUUUGAAAUAUUUUACUCGAUCAACUCUUGUCCCAAUAACUGCUCUGGCCAUGGGAAGUGCACCCCCGGGAACUCGGUCGCCAGCAGAGUGUACUGCGAAUGUGACAAGUACUGGAAAGGCGAGGCCUGUGACAUCCCCUACUGCAGGAACAACUGUGGCAGCCCCGACCACGGCUACUGCGACCUCACCGGGGAGAAGCUGUGUGUGUGCAAUGACAGCUGGCAAGGUCCAGACUGCUCUCUAACUGUACCUUCAACUGAGUCCUUCUGGGUCCUACCAAGCGUCAAGCCCUUUGGCACAUCACUCGCCAGAGCGUCCCAUAAGGCCGUGGUGCAGGAAAAGGUCAUGUGGGUGGUGGGCGGAUACACCUUCAACUACAGCUCCUUCCAAAUGAUUCUCAACUACAACCUGGAGAGUGGCACCUGGAACACAGUUCCCAUCAACAGUGGACCCGUGCCAAGAUACGGCCACUCACUCGCUGCCUAUCAGGAUGACAUCUACAUGUUUGGUGGGAAGCUGGAGGCCGGCUGGGGGAAUGUGACAGACGAGCUGUGGGUGUUCAACGUACCCAGUCGGACGUGGCAGCGGCGAACCCCCGUGGUCGGUCCACCGGCCCAGGCUCAGAUUUACGCUGUGGAGGGACACUCGGCCCACUGCGUCCUGCUGGAGGGUGGCGAGGCCAUCAUGCUGGUCAUCUUUGGCUACUCCCCCAUCUACAGCUACAUCAGCAACGUUCAGGAGUACAACUUGAGAUCCAACACAUGGCUGGUGCCUGAGACCAAAGGUGCUAUUCCGCAGGGAGGUUACGGCCACACUAGCACAUACGAUAGUUCCAGCGGCAGUGUGUAUGUUCACGGAGGCUAUAAGGCUCUGCCAGCCAACAAAUACGGCCUCGUCGACGACCUCUACAGAUACGAAGUUAACACCCGGACAUGGUUCAUCCUGAGAGAGAGCGGCUUUCCACGGUAUUUGCACUCAGCUGUGCUUCUCAGCGGCACCCUGCUCAUCUUUGGAGGCAACACACACAACGACACGUCACUCAGCAACGGGGCCAAGUGUUUCUCUGCUGACUUCCUUUCUUAUGACAUCGCCUGUGAUGAGUGGAGGCUCCUGCCUAAACCAGACCUGCACAGGGACGUCAACCGAUUUGGUCACUCUGCUGUGGUCAGCAAUGGGUCCAUGUAUGUGUUUGGGGGCUUCUCUGGAGUGCUGCUCAACGAUGUGCUUGUUUACCGACCCCCCAGCUGCCAGGCCUUCUUGGCAGAGGAAGGGUGUGUGAAGGCUGGGCCAGGGGUCCGCUGCAUCUGGAGCAGAGGCCGCUGUCUCCCCUGGGAGCCCAGCAUGGCUAAUGGCAGCCUCACUCCUGCCCCAUUAUGCCCCCCUAAACCUGUCACAGUGGACGAGCGGUGCUACCGGUUCUCAGACUGUGCCAGCUGUACGGCCAACACCAAUGGCUGCCAGUGGUGUGAUGACAAGAAGUGCAUCUCUGCCUCUAGCAACUGUACAUCUAACGUGAAGAACUUCACUGAGUGUCCGGUGCGGAACGAGCAGGUGUGCAGCAAGCUUGCCAACUGCAAGAGCUGCUCGCUGAAUCUCAACUGUCAGUGGGACCAGAAUCAGCCGGAGUGCCACGCUUUACCCGCCCAACAGUGCAGUGAGGGUUGGAGCCAGGUGGGGGAGGCCUGCCUGAGGAUCAACUCCAGUCGUGAGAGUUAUGACAAUGCCCAACACUACUGCAAGAACCUCAAUGGAAACAUAGCCUCGCUCACCACCUCCAAACAAGUGGACUUUGUGCUCGAGGAGCUCAAGAAGCUCCAGCAACAAGAAAAGCGUCUGUCUCCCUGGGUGGGCCUGAGGAAAAUCAACGUGUCAUACUGGGGAUGGGAGGACAUGUCCCCCUUUACCAACAGCAGCCUGCGCUGGCUGCCCGGCGAGCCCAGUGACUCUGGUUUCUGUGCCUACCUGGAGGAGCCCCAGGUGUCAGGCCUGAGAGCCAAUCCAUGCACUGCCACUGCCCACGGCCUCAUCUGCGAAAAAGCUACCGGAAACCCCAAUCAGAGUACUCGUCCAUCCUGUAAGAAGCCUUGCUCGCUGCACACCAACUGUGCUAACUGUACCAGCCAGGCCAUGGAGUGUAUGUGGUGCGGCAGUGCACAGCGCUGUGUUGACUCCACUGCCUAUGUCAUCUCUUUUCCCUAUGGCCAGUGUUUGGAGUGGCAGACUGGAGAUUGUGUGGCCCAGAACUGUUCCGGCAUGCAGACAUGUUCCCAGUGCUUGGAGCAACCAGAGUGUGGCUGGUGUGGGGAUCCCAGCAGCACGGGGAAGGGACUGUGCAUGGAGGGUUCGUACCGGGGGCCCAUGAAGAGAGCGGCGAAGCAGGGCCAGCAGGGCCAGUCCCAGGACAUGAGCCUGGAGCCCGGCAGCUGUCCCAAAGACAAGGGCUAUGAGUGGGCCUUCAUUCACUGCCCUGCGUGCCAGUGUAAUGGCCACAGCACGUGUGUGAACGGCAGUGUGUGCGAGCAGUGCCGUAACCUCACCACUGGCCCUCACUGCCAGACCUGCAUGCCUGGUUACCAUGGGGACCCGACCAAUGGCGGCAAAUGCCAGGCCUGUAAGUGUAAUGGUCAUGCAAGUGUGUGCCAGGUGUUAACUGGCAAAUGCUUCUGCACAACCAAGGGAAUCAAAGGAGACCAGUGCCAGCUAUGUGACUCAGAAAACCGUUACCUUGGCAAUCCACUCAGAGGAACCUGUUACUAUAAUCUCCUGAUCGACUACCAGUUCACCUUCAGUCUCAUCCAGGAAGAUGACAAUCACUACACUGCCAUCAACUUUAUGGCCUCACCUGAGCAGGCAAACAAGAACUUGGACAUGUCCAUUAAUGCAUCCAACAAUUUCAACCUCAACAUCACCUGGUCGGUGGGAUCAACAGCUGGAACCAUCUCGGGAGAGGAGGUGCCCAUCGUGUCCAAAACUAACAUCAAGGAAUACAGAGACAGUUUCUCCUGCGAGAAGUUCACCUUCAGAAGCAACCCUAACAUUACCUUUUAUGUCUACGUCAGUAACUUCUCAUGGCCCAUCAAGAUCCAGAUUGCCUUCUCCCAACACAACAGCAUCAUGGACCUUGUCCAAUUCUUUGUGACAUUUUUCAGUUGCUUUCUGUCGCUGCUCCUGGUGGCUGCAGUGGUGUGGAAGAUCAAACAGACCUGCUGGGCCUCGCGACGGAGAGAACAACUGAUGAGAGAGCGUCAGCAGAUGGCCAGUCGUCCAUUUGCCUCAGUUGCUGUUGCACUGGAUGCCAGGGGAGAGGAAACAGAACUGUUGCAGCCUGUGGUUGAUGGUGUCCCUAAACCUGUUGCGAUGGAGCCAUGUUCAGGAGGGAAAGCUGCUGUGUUGACAGUCCUCAUGUGUCUGCCCUCUGGGCCCUUAGGCUUACCUCCACCAGGACAGUCAGGACUCAUCGUUGCCAGUGCACUGAUAGACAUUUCACAGCAGAAACCAACAGAUUAUAAGGACAAGUCCCAGGCUUUAAAGAAUCGAAAAGCCCUUCCCCCUGCACACCAAGGCACGUGCGUCUGAGUCUCGACCUGUCAAUCCAUUUGGUCCUUUUUUCUUUUUUUUUUUUUUUUUUUUUAAUAUAUAUAUACCAUCUGAGGUCAUAUGAAGGUCCCAGUUGGAAACCUUUCCAGAGACGAGAGACGGCUACAUGUAGGAGAUUUCAUUCGGCUGCUACCACUGAAGUUUUAACGUCCCAAGAGCACAACCCUCGUUACCUUUCUGUCCCCCUCUUGCUCUGUUCUGCAUACGUCAACCUCAGAAUUACUCCUCCAACCUCUGCAACAGCAUCCUCCACUUACUGGGCUCUAACCUCCUCCCUUUAGCUUGGACAGUCAUCAUAGCAAAAACAUAGUUUCUGCAAAACUGCCUGAUCAGCGACAUUAGAGACUGAUGAAUUAGGAGGAUCUGCACCUAUUGAAGCUUCAGUCGUGAAUAUUUUUUGACACCUCAUCGUCACUUGCCCAGCAUGAGGAAUAAUCAGAGGUGUCUGUAUAUUAGGUUAUAUCAGAGUUGAACUGAUUUCCCUCACACCGUGUUGGAAAAUAAAAACAGACUGAAUUGAGAAUGGCUGGUAGAUAUCCAGCACAUGCUGCCUAUGGGGUUUUUCUUUUUCUUUUUGCUUGCCAACAAGUGGUAUUCUAUGGUGCUAAAGCAUUUCAUCUUUAUGACAAGCCUGACUCUGAACUCAGUCUUUGCUGUAUGAACUGAAUUCAUUCUGCCUUGUUUUUUUGGGUUUUUUUUUAAAUUAUUUUGUUUGUUUGUUUGGAAAAAGCUAUGCGCUAGCUAGGCCAGGACUCUUUUUUUAACACCUCGCGACCACAUGAUAGUGUUUUGACAGAGUAUUUUGUCACACCACUUACACCGAUUCCCAUUAAUAAUCUCUUUUAGCAUUUCCUGUACAUAAUGUAUGAUCCACCCAGCUGAAGCUAAAGUCUGUAUUUUCUGUGGAAUACAUGUACAAAUGCUGCAGAGACAUGAGUCUGCAUUCACUACCGGCGGCAUGUGGGUGAAGACUGCAAAACCAGAGGAGGCCCGAACAAAUCAUCAGCCGUCGAAAGUAAAGCAUGGAAAACUUAAGAAAAGGUAGAUGGGUUUCAUUAAAAAACUGGGAAGUUUCAUUCAGUACUGAAGAAGUCACAGAAACGCACAGAAACAUGGGAGUUCUGGUAAAUCCUUUACUGUAGUUUCUAAUUGUAUAAUUUUGCUGUGCAACUUGGUCAUGAGGCUUUUGAACUUGCCCUUGGAUUGAUGUGGUGCAUUUAGGAGAAUGACUCCGCUUAACAAAAUUAGACCAGGGACAUCAUGCUCCUCUGGCUGUUUACUAGUUUGUUUUUUAAGUUUUUUUAAGAGUCCUCUAAAGCUAUGACUUUAUUUCCAUCUUUAAGUACGAGGAGUUACGUUACCUUUUAUAAUGCCUUGGCUUUCCAUGAACUACGACGGGGGGGGGGCUUGUUGAUCUGCAGAAUUUUCAAAGCUGUCGAACAUUUUUAGCCCCUGACUCCAUCUCAAGCUGUACAGUGUCUUGUUGGAACAAAUGUGAGUCUUUGUCACUCUUAUCUCUUGAGAUUUCAUGUGUGUGUCAGGUUUUUAUGACAGAAUGGCAGGAGAUUAUCAUUUAUUUUAGGCCUUGUCACCUGUUACUAUUAUAUCUAUGAUAAAUUGUAAGUCUUUUGCUACACUUGUGAAAAGAGCAUUUCUGUUAAUAUUUUUUGUUUUGAUAUUUAACAGAUUCCUGUGUAAUAGCGCAUUUAACUUGAUUUUAUUCUCGACUUAAAUCAGUUGUUUUAAUGUCAACUCUUUUUGAAUUGUGCAUCUUCAAGGACUAUAUGGGCAUUGUCUUGCUUUUUGUUGCAAAGUGGUCAUUAUGAUGCAUUUCAUAAGGAUAGUAUGCCAGCUAAUGUGUUUUUACUUUGUGUUUGUAGAGUAAUCCUAUAACAGUGUCAUUACACAGGAAUCAGGGUCUCACUGUACCGUGAAAAAAAAGAUGAGAAACUGCAUAUCAGUAAUCUUUCAGUGUAUUUUAAAGAUGGACAA